AAUGCAAACGGUCGAUCCGUCCGUGUUGCAUAAUACCAGGCGCGAUUCUUUUCCUUCUUUCGUUUCCAUAAACGUAAUAAAGGCAGCAGCGGCAGCAGCACGCAAAAUCAUGCAAGAGCUGUCUGUCGCUGAUAGAGACCUUCCUGUGCACGGCUUCUGUGGCUGCGGGCAUCGGCAACCUCUACCGACUCCCGCAGACCGUCAUCUCCAACGGCGGACUUCCGUUCCUCGUCGCCUACGCGAUUCUCCUCGUCUUCGUCGGAUUCCCACUGCUCUUCCUCGAAUUGGGAAUCGGGCAGAUCGUGCAGGAUGGCUUCAUGAAGACAUGGCGCGCCGUUCCAUUCUUCAAAGGCGUUGGAUACGUGAAGCUGUUGGCCGGCUGCCUGAUCCUCGUCUACUAUCCCCUGCACAUGGCGAUGUCUUUGUACUAUUUGAUUUGGUUCGCGAAAGCCUCGCCGCCUUUCUUGGAAUGCGCCACCGUCCGGAUGGAAAAG